UAGUUCGAUCUUUUAACACUCGAAUUCCAUCUUCCUUGCUUCCUGCUCGCUUAUAACUGGCAUGAGGGAUGUCCGAAAAUUUAACGUUAUCAUUAGUAUAACAUUUUUAAAAGAUACUAUACACGCUGUGCGAUUGAACCAACAAACGGUUUAUCUUGCUAAUAUUUUCUAGUGGUCUUACAAAGACAAUUGAUUUAUCGUAAUGGAGUUGAACCCGUCUUACGAAGCAAUCGGAAAAGGAUUUGUACAGCAGUACUAUGCGCUGUUCGAUGAUCCAGCUCAAAGACCAAAUUUGAUAAACAUGUAUAAUACCGAGACGUCUUUCAUGACAUUUGAAGGUUUCCAAAUUCAAGGUGCCAUUAAAAUUAUGGAGAAAUUGACUAGUCUGACAUUUCAAAAAAUCAAUCGGAUAAUAACAGCGAUUGAUUCGCAGCCUAUGUUUGAUGGUGGUGUACUCAUAAAUGUUUUGGGGAGGCUGCAGACUGAUGAGGAUCAGCCCCACGCCUACAUCCAGACGUUUGUCCUGAAGCCAAUUGGCAUCAGCUUUUACGUGCAGCACGACAUCUUCAGACUUGCAUUGCAUGACACGGUUUAGGCAACAGGUACCAAUCAUCCACUGAUCUCUCCAUACUUUGGUAAAGGCCGAUGAAGAUCCACCACAUCCCUUCUCACAAAUUUUUGUGCUGAAACCACUGGGAAAUUCUUUCUUUUGUCAGCACGAUAUUUUCCGCCUUGGCAUUCACGAUAGUCCAUGAAGAAAAUGUCUGUUGGCAUUUUAGAACUAUCUACAGACAAUUCAUUGAACCAUGGACUAUUCACAUGUUGAAAUAAGUGAGCUAGGUUCUUUUCAUAUUAAUCUUUUUUGUCAUUGCAUAUUAUUCUACUUUAUCUAAAUAUCCCAGUUUUUAUAUGAAAAUUAUCUGCUUACAUCCUGGCCAUAAGAAAAAAAAACGACGUUUAAGAAUAAAUACAGUUUAAUAA